UUUGUCAGUGUGUUUCAGUGUACUUUGUCCUGUGCUUUACUCUGUACUCCUCUCUCUCUCUCUCUGUCUCUUCACCCAACUCCUCCUCUUAAGGCGGAGUUAUUCUGUACUUUUCACUGUCCUUUGCCCUGCUCUCUGCUCCAGUGUGUCCUUGUACCAUGAAUGAACCAUGGCUCACUUUGAGUUUCAGCGCUUGGACUUCUUCUUGACCAUCGGGGGGCUCGUGGCUCUGAUCCUGGACAUUAUCCUGGACGUGUACACGGCGCUCGACUUUUACAAUGACUGGGACUACAUACGUCUGGGCGCGUUUGUGUUUUUCCUCAUAGCUUCGUCUCUCCUGGUGCAGACCUACAGCUGGCUCUGGUACAAGUACGACGGCUUCGAGAUGAUCACAAACGUGGAGAAGAUCCCCAGUUUUAAGUCGCUCAAGGUGCUUCACAUUCUGCAGCUCGGGACGUACCUCAGACACAUGGGCGUGAUGGAGACGGCCAUCUGUAAGUACCUGCGUCUGAAGGGGGUGAAGACGUCCGGGCUGGACCCUGGCGACGCGGCGGUCUGUCUGAGUCACGACGUGGCGAUGCUGCGGAUCGUGGAGGCCUUCUCCGAGUCUCUGCCUCAGCUCGUGCUCAUGGUCACCACCCACAUCCAGAGGGGCCAGCUGCACGCCUUCCCAAUUCUUAAAGCCGUCGCCUCGGCCUUCUUCGUCUCCAUGACCGUGAUGUCAUAUCAUCGCUCGCUCCGUUCGUUCCUGAAGGACAAACAUGAGCAGACCAUCGCCGCCUCUGCCAUCUACCUGAUAUGGAACCUGCUCCUGAUCUCGGCCCGGGUCUCUGCUCUGGCCCUGUUCACCUCAGAGCUGCCCUGCUACAUCUGCACACACUUCCUCUGCUCGUGGUUCGUUCUUUUCAUCUUUGUGUGGUGCACUCAAACCAACUUCAUGAACAGUAAAGGAGGAGAGGUUUUGUACCGGGGGACUGUGGCUCUCAUCUGGUAUUUCAACUGGUUUAACGUGGUCAAAGGAGACACGUUACGGUGGACGAUUAUUUAUCACGGAUAUAUUGUGGCUGAUAUCACGCUGCUGUGGGGGUUGUGGUUUUGGAAAAUUAAUUCUGAUUUGACGAACUUUAACUAUGAACAUUUAAUUGCAUAUUUUUGCAUUUUAUUUUUCUACAUAAUCGGGAUUGGAGUUAAGUCAAUCUACUAUUACUGCUUCCACCCGAAAGUGACUUCAACAGACCUUCAGUGUGAAGAGGAUACGGUGGACAUCGUACCCUUACGUAGAGAUUCUCCUGAAGAAAGGGUCGAGGAUGUGCCUGAUAAUGGUAUUAUGUUUAGGAUGGCCACAGUCCAUACGCCUGGGAGGAGAGAACCAGGAGACAAAGUGAACAUGAGGAUGAGGAAACUAGCAGAAAAUUUCUACUCCUGAUCGGUCCUUGUGAAGUCAUUUACCAUUUGAAUGUAUUUUUUAUCGUUCUUGAAUACAAGAUGUGUGCUAAACUGUCAAUCUGCAGUUUAAUCCAGGGUUUAGAUGUUCUUUAACCCUAGGAGUCAAAGAGGAAGUUGGGAGCAGACUUUGACUCCUGACCGGUCACACUGAGGACAUGAGGCUGCAGUGACCCAGUGACUCAGUGACUCGGGGCAACAGGUUUAACACAAACAAACUUUAAGAGGAAAUGUCUGCUUAUUAUGGUUCAUAUCCCUUGUAUAUUAUAUUAGUUUUUCACAAUCUAUUCAGAAAGUGGUGCCAUUAUUUACAGAAGCCGAGAGGGGUCACAACAAACGCAAACGCCGCAACAAAUACAAAUGCGACAACACAAACGCAAAUGCCGCAACACAUUAAAAAGCCACAACACAUUAAAAAGCCACAACGGAAGUGACCGUGGGACUCUAUUUUCCGAUGGACCAAACUACAAUGUGAAAAUUAAAGGAACGGAGAAGUUGGAAACGUAAGUAAAAGUAAUUUAUUGUUUUAUCAUUAUUUGUUCCAUGUUGUAGUUCUUCUUCACUUGUCGCUUGAUUGGUCUGUUGGAAAAGAGAGUCCUGCGGUCACUUCCGUUGCGGCUUUUUUUUUGUUGUGUUGCCGCAACAAAUACAAAUGCGGCGUUUGCAUUUGUUGUGACCCCUCUCGGCUUCCGUAAUUAUUCAACCGCAAACACGUGAUUGUGGAGCCAAUCGUAAACAAACGAUGAGUAGUAGAGGUGUGCAAAAAUAUCAAAAUACUGAGAUAUUGAUAUACACUGUGGUACUAAAUGUUGAUCCAUGAGCUGUUUUAUCGAUACAUCGCCAAGAGUAUUUUUUGCCAUCUACAAUUUUUCUGCAUAUUUAGACAAAGGAAACUUUUGCAUGCAUUGUAAACUUGACAUAUUCUCUAUUUUUAUAAUUUAAAUAGAUUCCAUAUUAACCUUGGGGGGCAUAAAACAAAGGCAGUAAAUAGUUAUUGAUUUCAGUGAUAUUAAAAGGUUCAUUUUAAAGAUUUUAAAGCACAAAUUUAACAUAACAAAUUGGAACUAAAAUAUGGGAUUCAACUAAACUAAAUGAAAUCACACAAAACCAAAAUGAAUAAUGCAAAACCAAACGUUAAUCAAGCCAAACAACCAGUUGAAUCCCAGAUUUCAGUACCCAAAGUGUUAGGUGCUUUAGUAUUUUUGUUUUGUUUCUGUUUUUAGAUGUAAAGUGCUAAGGUGUGCGGCCUUAAAGUGCUCUGGACUAUUAGAUGUUUAAAGUGCAAGGUGGUACUGCAUUGCACUGUCCUCUAACACACAAACUACCCCAACGAAAACAUAUAUAAGCACUAUAACAACUACACUAACUACACUGAGAUAAAAGGAGAUUAUGGGCAAACUGACAGACUUUGCGAGAGAAUUCAAGGGAGUUUGAGAGAGAAUUUAAGAGAGAAUCUGAGAGAAUCUGAGAGCAGGAGUAACAGCAGCAGCACAGUCUGCCACGCAAAAAUACACAAGUUACAUGACAAAUGCAAUCAACCACCAGCACCCAAAAUACACACCACCAAGGGCAUCUACCUAUCAGGGGUGCCUACACUUUUUCAGCAUGUGAGCUACUUACAAAAUGUCCAAGUCAAAAUGAUUGACCGACGGUUACACCCUUAUCAUCAGAAAGCCCACUAGUCAGAAAGCCCACUAGUCAGAAAGCCCACUAGUCAGAAAGCCCACUAGUCAGAAAGCCCACUAGUCAGAAAGCCCUGUAGUGUACACAUUAGGGUUAGAUUUGUCUGGCUUUUGAAGUUUGACCAUGUGAAAAUUGAAAUGGCUGCUAUGACCUUGGAAAAUGGAUCAAGGUCAAAUGGCUGGUAUGGGACAAAGGUCAUGGUAGGGAUAAUAAUUUGGCAUAGUGAAAAGGAUCUUGUUGUAAAAAUCCUUUAUAUUAUAAGCAAAACUAAUUCCCAUUGAAAUGCAUUGGAAAAGUGAACUUUGCCCUAAAAGAUCCACAAAGUAGGUCACUGUGACAUAAUUCAAGAAUUGGAAAGAGAUAUUACCCUAAGGAAUCUAAAGACAUUCAUAUGGACUCUAAGUCAAACAGUCUAGAUUUGUCCAGCCAUGAUUAACGGACAGACAGACAGAUGGAUGGACGCCGGACACUGGGUGAUCGCAUAAGCUCAGCUUGAGUUUACAGCUCACAAGCUGAGCUAAAAAUGCCUUACAGUUGGUCCUUUUCAAUACGACCAGGCGGGAUACCCAGAACAGGAGCAUUUUUAUGACACGCCGAAAUAGUACAUAUACUUUAAGCUGAGCUAAAAAUAUCAAGGCCUCUUAUUUUAAAUUUUUCGCACAAUUGGAAGUUCGUAUAAAAAUUAAUGUCUUUAUGAACUUUGAGGUGAAAAUUUGGAAAAGUAUUUGUGCACGUUUAUUAUUGUGUAUAGUUAUAAUUGCACAUCCUCUGAAUACCUCAAUAAUUACAAUAAUGAGUUUGACGUAAAUAUUAACAUUGUUCUUCCAUAAAGUAAUAUAUUUGAAUUUGAGAUUAUGUGAAUACCAUGUACUUCAAGUCUAUGCAGGAAAUAAUAACUAUUUAUAAUAUAAUGUAAGUUUUUUGGUUUGUUUGAAUUUAUUUAACAGUAUUCAGUACUUUUUAUGAAACAUUUUCUUUAUACAUUGUACAGUCCUUGCAUCACCUGUUUAAUAAAAUGCUUUUUUUAUGUUA